AUGUACAGAAAGGCACAAGAGUCAUCGCACGACAUCCCGUGCAGGAGCGCAGCUGGGGCGACCACGACAGCAACGCCUCUGCCAUCGUUUGUGGUGACCUCCAGCAACGACACGACCUUCACAAAGCCCACCACACCUGCCAAGUCGGGCACCACCAUGGCGCUUAACCCGGACGCGCAGGAGUUCCGCGUUACCCCGGCCUUUGCCGGGACGCUCUUUACCAUGCCUUCCGCAGUCGCACCUGCACCACCACAGCAGCUGUGGUUUCCGACGACAAUGAACUUCUUGGCUUGCCCAACGGCUGGCAACGACGGCACCUCGCACGCAAGCAGCUCGCCUUCCCCUGCCCCCGUCCCCGCGGCCGGCGAUACGAUGGACAACCAGGAUUUAGUGGAACAGACGGAGGCCUACGUGCACAAACUCUACGAUCGCAAGUGCAAGGAUGAGAAGCUUCAUAUGAUUUCUGUCUUUCACCUGCACCCGCGCACCACCGACAAGCAGCUGAGUCGGAUCUUCUUCCCCACAGGGGCGUCCGCGGCCGAGGUUCUGGAGCCGCGCGCGAUGCCGGAGACACUCUCCAAGGCGUUUCUCGCGGUACGCCAGCGCGCUGGCGUCGUCUUCUUCACUCGUAAGGACUUUGCCAUGGUCGGCGUGGAGAAGGUGCACGACUUUGUGCCACAUGGCCAGCAUCAGCCGCUCGUGGUGCGCUACUGCGGCCCCGAUCAAGAGGCAACGCCGCUGUCCGGCUCUCCGCUGCCCCCGCACUCUCCGAGCGGGGAGUCGCAUCGAGGUGACGUGGUGCCCUCUGCAAAGGCGGUAAGCCCGAGGCCCAGCGGCCGCCCAGCGCCGCUACAGUCGCGCCACAGGGAUGCGUCAAACCCGCACGACGUCUUCCCUGCGAGCGUCGUGGCGGCGCCGUCACUCUCCGCCGGGCUCGAGCUCAUCAUGCCCACCGGUGCUGCGACGCCGGUGCUGGACAACGGUGCCAACGCCACCGCUGUCUACGACUCCAUUGACCAGCACUUUCUGCAGAAGUACGCAGGCGAGCCGGUAUACCUCGUCGGCGUGCAUAAUCUUGCCUACGGCACCACCUCCAAGGCGCUCUUCAAGAUGUUCUACCCGAUGGGGGCCCUGAACUCGGAGUUGCUGCCGCGGCCCGCUUCGGUGGACGGCAAACUGCGCUGCAGUGGCGUCGCCAUCUUCGGCUCCAAAGGGAUGGCGAUGGAGGCGGCGGAAAAGAUGAACGAUUUUGUGCCCCACGGGCAGCGGCGGCCUGUUGUGGCCCGCUUCCUCGAGCGGACGACGAGCCCCGCCUUCGCCCAUUUUGCCGCGCACGGCAAUGGCAGCAGUACCACAAGCAGCGGCUACACCGCGACGGCGUCUACGCCUCGUGGGUCAACGUCGUCGCCCAGCCCGACCUCCGGCGUCUCUUCAGCAGCCGUCCUGCUUGAGUCUGUCGAGAAGCAGCUGCGGUCCAAAUCGCUCAAUGACAGCCAACUCGCCGCGGACAUGGCGGCGCUCGUUUUGUGUGCGGAGAGCGGCGAAGCGGAGGCGAAGAAGCUCGCGGCGGUGCUGCGGGACGUGCUGUUCUCUAUGCGAGACCACUCUACGAUCCUCGCGAGUCCGCUCUCUGGCGCUCUCCGCACGCUGCACAGCACAUUGGGCAUUCGCGUGCGCACCACCCCGGCAACGCCGGCCGACGCCUCGCUGAGCGCCCGAAAGGGUAUUCUUUUUCUCCAGCAGAUUGGCCGUACACUAAUGAUGCUGGUGGCUGACACGGAGGCGGCCCGCCAGACCCGCAUCGUCGCAGCGGUGCAGUGCGCCUACCUCUACCAGUACACGUACCUGCCCAAGACGCCGUUGUGCUUUGCCACGACGCUCUUCCGCAACUGCGAGAAGGAGCUGCGGGAGGCGAAAGAGUUUCUGUGCCGAGAGCCGGAUGUCCCGUCGAGCCUCGUUGAGGAACAGCAGCACCGUCCAUGGAUCACGCUGAUGGAUGCGCUACAUGAGAUGGUCAGCGUCUGGCGCUCGCUUGACCCCCGAGGCUACGCGCAGGACGCUGCGCGCGACGAGUACGAGCGCUUUGUGUGCGAGUUCCGCGGCGUGCCCACGAAGAGCAGCACUCCGGUGGUGAGCACGCUCAGUGCUGUCGCAGCUGCAGCAGGGGAGGAGCACCAGAGCGGUGCCUGCACACCGCGCAACGGCGCGCAGGAGGCGCCCAUGGAGGCAGUCAGCAACGCGAACUUGGCAAAGGGCCACGGUAGCAACAGCGUCAAUGCGAGUGCGAGGAAGUCGCAGCUCGUGACCCCGAGUGCUCGGCCGACGCCGCGCCGCGUUGUCUCGAAGUCCUACAACACUACCAGCGACUGGAAGGCGAAGCAGGGGACGCCGGUUGCGGGGCCGAGCUGCGCUGUGCCACCGCAGGUGAUGUUGGCCACUCCGGCCAGCAACUACACCCAGGGCGCCUCCAUGCUAUCGGCGGACAGCAACUCCGCCGGCACAGCGGUCAGCAGCGCGCUGCGCUCGCUGGGCCUCACGCCGCAGCACCCGAGCAUGCGCUUCAACUGGGGCUCGCGGUUGCUGUCGGGAGCGCCGCAACCCGGCAUGCCGCCCAUCCCAACCGUUUCUACUACUUCCAUUCUGCCUGCAACGCCGACCCUCUCUGCACCGGUUGUCACAGCUGCUUCCGGCGGCAGCGGUGGUGGCGCCGCCGCUUCUGCUGAGCGCUCAGACGCUACGAUGACGGAGCGGACGGUGUACAUCACGAAGCUACCCUCGUGCCUCAGCGCCGGCCAGGUGCGGCGUCUACUACUUCACUUUGGCGACUUCCGAAAAGUUCGGCUAUGCCACGACGACAAGGAGACAACGCGCAUGGGCUCAGCGGAGGCGCUGGCGGCGCACAACCUUAAGUUUGACCAGCUGUGCUUCGGCUUUGUGGAGUUUGUGGAGAGCAGCAGCGCCAAAGCGAUGGUGGAGUUCUUCCGCAAUGAGGUGCACACACCGAACGCGUUCGACUUCUUACGGAAUGACCACGUGCACAGCUUCGACGACACCGACCUCAAUCAGCUUCGCAAUACACGCACCAGUCAGGCUCGAAACCCCAUUCAUGAUCAGCAGCCCCUCGACGCCACCCGCACGCAGCCGUGCCUCUUUGGUGCCCUCCAGCCGCAUCAUGCCGUCGAGACCUAUAGCGAUGCGAUCACAGCGGAAGAGGUGGCCGAAGCGGUGCGGCAACUCCACAAAGAAGAGGAGGAAGCUCAGCAGCAGCAGCUGUCUGCAUCGCACUUCAUUCACCCGACCAUCUUCACCACAGCCACGCCCUACCCGAUGGCCACGUCGAAUGAGGCGUCGCACGGAAGCUCAGUACCCGCCGCCGCUUCGUCGACAGGGCACGACGACAACAACGGGGACGAUGGCGGUACCUCCGUCGUUGCCGCCUUGCAGCCCAUGGACGCCGUGCACUUCCCUUGUGGCUUUCCCUACCACGAGGUAUUCGCUGCUGUCGCCUCGCAACCGGGAGACGGCGCUGACCACCACUACAGCAAUGCCCACAGUAGUAACCACCUGCGCGGAGACGACACGGACCUCUACGGCGGCUGCGUCCCGGUCAUUGUGGAGACGGAAGGGGACGAAGUUGAAGGACUGCAGGAGUACCAGGUACAGCAGAUCUUGGAGCUGCUGAGCUAA